CUUUGGUUUGGCUCCGCCUGUCUGACACGAUCUGGUUCUGCAGGUUCUUUGGUUAUGUCGACUGACUUUUGACAGUUGAUCGGUUCAAGUUCACAUUUCUGUAAGCUGUUCUGUGGCAUCUUCUACAAUUUUUCACAAAUGAAUCUUUAUGCCAAGUUACUGUUACUGUGCAGCAUAGGCGUCGCUUUCAUUGCGGUUCGAUGGAGUGCUACGUCGUUUAAUGAGGAGUCUUUGAAAGGUGCCCGGGUGUUGGUGACCGGUGCCAGCACUGGCAUCGGCGAGCAGUUGGCGUACCAAUACGCCCGUUUAGGAGCCCAACUCGUUAUCACGGCGAGGAGAGGAAAUGUCCUAGAAGAGGUUGUGCGCAAGUGCCAGGAAAUGGGGGCUCAAAAGGCCUUUUUCAUCCCCGCGGACAUGGCGAGCCCGUCCGAUGCCGAGCGCGUGGUACAGUACGCCAUCGAACAGCUCGGGGGGCUGGAUUUCCUGGUUCUGAACCACAUUGGGCCCAGUCCAUACAGUAUGUGGAAUGGAGACGUAGAGCACACGCGAUGGCUGCUACAGGUGAAUUUUCUCAGUUACCUACAGAUGGCUCAGAAAGCUUUGCCGACACUUGAAAAGAGUAAAGGAUCGAUAGUUGUUGUUUCCUCCCUUCUAGGGAAAAUGUGCAGCCCCUUCGCUUUACCAUAUGCCGCAACUAAGUUUGCACUCAACGGUUUCUUUGGAGGCCUCCAGCAUGAGCUAGCAAUGCAAAAAAGCAAUGUGUCCAUAACCAUCUGCAUACUUGGACUGAUUGACACAGAUAGUGCUAUGGAGAAAAUCAAAGGUUACAUCAAUAUGACCGGCUACCCUGCACAUGAGUCUGCCCGGCACAUUAUCGAAGCUGGAGCAUCUCGACAGCCUGAGGCAUUUUACCCCUGGUACACCUUCUACGCCUGUCUCUUCAGGGAUUGGUUCCCCUACUUCAGAGAUCUGGCAAUUCAAAAUUCCUACACAUAUGAUCCAUAACCAUAAGUUAAUACGGAACUAAUUACUGAAAGCUGACAGUUCCUUUGAAAUCCAUGUGUGGAGAAAUGCAUUAGUGAGUGCAUGAGCUAUGAAACAACAAGCCCUGGUGACAGUUGCAUA